AUGGAGUUCGUUGAAAACGUUGUCGAAAGCUUCACCUCCGGCGGUGGCCGCCGGGAAGAAGUCGUCGAAGAGCGACGAGAAUACUAUUCCAGCGGCCCCGGUGGUCCUCCCCCUUCCGUCCCUCGACCCUGGAUCGCUGAAUGGGAUGAGCGAGAACGUCGUUAUUUUUACAUCAAUCAAGAAACCGGCCAACGAAGCUGGGAAUUGCCUUAUGGCGGUGGUGGUGCUCCCGGUGGAGGAUAUUACGAGGAGCAGCGCGGAUAUGAGCAAACCUCUUAUGUACAGCAAGAACAGCCUCGUAGCAAUCACAAUUUUGCUUAUGGUGCUGCGGGUGUUGCUGCUGGCCUUGUAGGAGGCGCACUUUUGAUGCAUGAGGGAGAGGAGAUUCACGAUGAAUGGAAAGGCGAGGAGAAUCGUAUCGAGGAACGUGUGGAGGACUUUCCCGAGAACGCCGCCAACUGGGCGGGCAACAAGGUCGGAGAAGCCGAAUAUGAAGUCGACAGAGUCGAAAACGGUAUCGAAAAUUUCCCCGAAAACGCCGCUGGAUGGGUCGGAGAUAAAGUCGGAAGUGUUGAGCGAUUCGGUGAUGAGGUUGAUUAUGCCUACGAUGAAGGUAGAGCCGAGGGCAGGGAUGGAUGGUAA